CUCAUCUAACCCUUGUCCAUUCGAACACUCGACCCCUACCAAAAUCUCUCUCUCUCUCUCAAAUUCUCUGCAUCUGGAUUAUUUGUUCGUUCGUGAAGCUCCGAAAUCCAUGGUUUCUUCUUCCUUGAGACCUUCGUCGACGACAACGACAGCGGCCGUGGCAAACAAUGGCGGAGCUAGAUGGAAGUUCCGAGAGGCAACAACUCCAUCCUGCUCGGUAAACGACGUCGUAUGUUCCAUCCAAGCUGGCGUCUUCCUCGACUUCAUGGUUGAAAGAGGAGGCGGCGCCGAUGUUGAGCGUGGAGGCUUCUGCCACAGGUUCGGAGGUGACUGUGGUCGCGGCGGUAGGCGCCGCGGUGCUGGGCCUGAGAGAAUCAUGAAGAUCAUGCCGGUUCAGAAGCAAACCGUUUUGGUUAGAGGGCUUCUUCUGUUCCUCUAUCUCGGCCAUGUUCCCCAACCCUAGUUGGCCGUCCCACAAGCUCUUCAACAAGACGUCGUGGACCGACUUCGAUUACUGCAAAAUCCCGCCAGGUCACUACUCUCCUUCAUCACCAAUCAAUCAAUCUAUCCAAUUCAGUUUGCUUCUAAUUCUAAAUACUAGCCCUUCUUUUUCACUUCUUGGCUGCAUUCUGAACAUGCAUGUUGUUUAUUUGAUUAUUAUGUCUCUCUGUAAAGUUUGGCUUUUUCUAUAGAGAUAAUCAUAAAUUACUGCCCAGCUUUAAUUAUGAGGCACUUCAUGACUUUAUCAUCUAAAGCUUAUGAAGCUAUACCCUACGCUUUGUAUAGAAGAUCGAGGCUAGGCUUUCUGGCUUUCUAUUUUUGGUGAAGCUUGUGACCCAAAAUAGGCCUUGCUUUAUAUGGCAACGACAGCAUGGAUUUCUUACAUUGCAUAAUGAUAUUAGUUUAGUGCUUUUAGAUUUGGUCUAUUUUUCCCAAAUGCUUUUAGUAGGUAUUAUCUAUAGCUGCUAGCACUCGAUGAAGUUGUAGAAAUGAAGUAAUUAUUCAAAC